UGCACCUCCCUUGUCCUCCCGCCCUCAGAUGCCUGCUGGGCAUAUAAGUCCUGGACCCCUGCCCUGGGAUGCUCUCCUGUGCCACCCUCCUGAGCCACCAUGGGGCUGCCACUAGCUCGCCUGGUGGCUGCGUGCCUAGUCCUGGCCUUAGCCUGGGGCUCGGAGCUCCAGAAAGAAGCCAGAUCCCGAAACCAUGUCUGCAGCACCUGGGGCGACUUCCACUACAAAACCUUUGAUGGCGAUGUCUUCCGAUUCCCUGGCCUUUGCGAUUACAACUUUGCUUCUGACUGCCGAGACUCCUACAAGGAAUUUGCUGUGCACCUGAAGCGGGGCUUGGGCCAAUCUGGGGGUCACCCCCAGAUAGAGUCCAUCCUGAUUACCAUUAAGGAUGACAUCAUCUACCUCACCCACAAGCUGGCAGUGGUGAAUGGGGCCAUGGUCAGCACCCCACACUACAGCUCCGGGCUCCUCAUUGAGAAGAACGACGCCUACACCAAGGUCUACUCCCGUGCCGGCCUCUCCCUCAUGUGGAACCGGGAAGAUGCUCUCAUGCUAGAACUGGACAGCCGGUUCCAGAACCACACCUGUGGUCUCUGCGGGGACUUCAAUGGCAUGCAGACCUAUUAUGAGUUCCUCAGUGAAGGCAUGCACUACAGUGCCAUUGAGUUUGGGAACAUGCAGAAGAUCAACAAGCCUGAGGCUGAAUGUGAGGACCCCGAGGUGGUGCAAGAGCCAGAGUCCUGCUCUGAGCACCGAGCCGAGUGUGAGAGGCUGCUGACCUCCACAGCCUUCGAGGACUGCCAGGCCCGGGUGCCCGUGGAGUUGUAUGUGCGUGCCUGCAUGCAGGACCGCUGCAACUGUCCUCAGGGUGUUGCCUGCGAGUGCAGCACCCUUGCUGAGUUCUCCCGCCAGUGUUCCCAUGCAGGCGGCCGCCCCGAGAACUGGAGGAGUGCCUCACUCUGCCCCAAGAAAUGCCCUGGUAACAUGGUAUACCUGGAGAGCAGCUCUCCCUGUGUGGAUACUUGCUCACAUCUGGAGGUCAGCAGCUUGUGUGAAGAACAUUACAUGGAUGGCUGUUUCUGCCCAGAAGGCACUGUAUAUGAUGACAUCACGGACAGUGGCUGCGUCCCUGUGAGCCAGUGCCACUGCAAGCUGCAUGGGCAUCUCUAUAUGCCAGGCCAGGAGAUCACCAAUGACUGUGAGCAGUGUGUCUGCAAUGCGGGUCGCUGGGUGUGUAAAGACCUGCCCUGCCCUGAGACCUGUGCCCUGGAAGGUGGCUCCCACAUCACCACCUUCGAUGGAAAAAAGUUUACCUUUCAUGGAGACUGCUACUAUGUCCUGACCAAGGGUGAACACAAUGACUCCUAUGCCCUCCUGGGUGAGCUGGCCCCCUGCGGCUCUACAGACAAGCAGACCUGCCUGAAGACUGUAGUGCUGUUGACUGACAACAAGAAGAAUGUGGUGGUCUUCAAAUCAGGUGGCAGUGUGUUACUCAAUGAGCUGGAGGUGACCCUGCCCCAUGUGGCAGCGAGCUUCUCCAUCUUCCAACCCUCCUCCUACCACAUUAUUGUGAACACGGUGUUUGGGCUGCGGCUACAGGUUCAGUUGGUCCCAGUCAUGCAACUUUUUGUGACUCUGGACCAGGCUGCCCAGGGACAGGUGCAGGGUCUCUGUGGGAACUUCAAUGGCCUGGAAAGUGAUGACUUCAUGACAUCUGGUGGGCUGGUGGAGGCCACAGGUGCCGGCUUUGCCAAUACCUGGAAGGCACAAUCAAGCUGCCAUGACAAGCUAGACUGGCUCGAUGACCCCUGUUCCCUCAACAUUGAGAGUGCCAAUUAUGCUGAGCACUGGUGUUCCCUACUGAAGAGGUCGGAGACUCCUUUUGCCAGGUGCCACCUGGCUGUGGAUCCCACUGAAUACUACAAGAGAUGCAAAUAUGACACGUGCAACUGUCAGAACAACGAGGACUGCAUGUGUGCGGCUCUGUCUUCCUAUGCCCGUGCCUGCGCUGCCAAGGGUGUCAUGCUGUGGGGCUGGCGAGAGAGGGUCUGCAACAAAGACGUGCACGCGUGCCCCAGCUCACAGAUCUUCCUGUACAACCUGACCACUUGCCAGCAGACCUGCCGCUCACUCUCAGAGGGUGACACCCACUGCCUGAAGGGAUUUGCACCUGUGGAAGGCUGUGGCUGCCCUGAUAAUACCUUCAUGGAUGAGAAGGGCCGCUGUGUGCCCUUGGCGAAGUGCUCCUGCUACCACCAUGGUCUUUACCUGGAGGCAGGAGAUGUGAUCCUGAGGCAAGAGGGGCGCUGCAUUUGUCGGAACGGGAGGCUUCAGUGCACCCAGGUCAAACUGAUUGGCCACAGCUGUAAUGCCUCCAAAAUCCUUGUGGAUUGCAACAACUUGACUGCUCUGGCCACCCGGAAACCCCGCGCCACUAGCUGCCAGACAAUGGUGGCUGGCUAUUACCAUACAGAGUGUAUCAGCGGCUGUGUGUGUCCUGAUGAGCUGCUGGAUGAUGGCCGUGGUGGCUGUGUGAAGGAGGAGGAGUGUCCCUGCAUCCACAACAAAGACCUAUACAAUCCUGGUGGCACGAUUAAACUGGACUGUAACAACACCUGUACUUGCCAGAAGGGACGCUGGGAGUGCACCCGGUAUGCCUGCCACAGCACCUGCUCCAUCUAUGGGAGUGGCCACUACAUCACCUUCGAUGGGAAACACUAUGACUUUGAUGGGCACUGCUCCUAUGUGGCUGUCCAGGACUACUGUGGCCAGAACUCUACCGGUUCCUUCAGCAUUAUCACUGAGAAUGUCCCCUGCGGCACCACAGGUGUCACCUGCUCCAAGGCCAUAAAGAUCUUUAUAGGGGGAACAGAGCUGAAGUUGGUGGAUAAACACCGCGUGGUAAGGCAGUUGGAGGAGGGGCACCAUGUGCCCUACAUCACACGGGAAGUGGGCCUGUACCUGGUGGUGGAGGUCAGCUCUGGUAUUAUCGUCAUCUGGGACAAGAGGACCACCAUCUUCAUCAAGUUGGCUCCUUCUUACAAGGGCACUGUCUGUGGUCUGUGUGGGAACUUUGACGACCAGACCAAAAAUGACUUCACCACUCGGGACCACAUGGUGGUGACCAGCGAGCUGGACUUUGGGAAUAGCUGGAAGGAAGCUUCCACGUGCCCAAAUGUGAAUCACACCCCAGACCCCUGCAGCCUGAACCCACAUCGUCGCUCCUGGGCAGAGAAGCAAUGCAGUAUCAUCAAGAGUGGUGUAUUCAAAGGGUGUCAUAGCAAGGUGGACCCGACAGUCUUCUAUGAGGCCUGUGUGCAUGACUCUUGCUCUUGUGACACGGGUGGUGACUGUGAGUGUUUCUGCUCUGCUGUGGCCUCCUAUGCUCAGGAGUGCACCAAGGCAGAGGCUUGUGUGUUCUGGAGGACGCCGGACCUAUGCCCUGUAUUCUGUGAUUACUACAACCCCCCCAACGAGUGUGAAUGGCACUAUGAACCAUGUGGGAACCGCAGCUUUGAGACCUGCAGGACCAUCAAUGGCAUCCACUCCAACAUCUCUGUGUCCCAUCUGGAGGGUUGCUACCCUCGGUGCCCUAACGACAGGCCCAUCUAUGAUGAGGACAAGAAGAGAUGUGUCACUGAGGACAUGUGUGGCUGCUAUAUUGAGGGCAUUCACUACCCAGUCAAUUCAUCUGUUCCCACUGAGGAUAUCUGCACGACUUGUAUAUGCACCAGCACCUCAGAAAUCACCUGCCAGCCGGAUAAAGGGAAGAUUAUUAACCAGACCCAGGAUGGUGUCUUCUGCUACUGGGAGUUCUGCGGCCCCAACGGGACAGUGGAGAAACACUUCAAUAUUUGCGGCUCCUCCACGCCACCCCCAUCCACCCUGACAAGCUUCACCACAGUCUCCACCACCACCCCCAUCUCCACCACCACCACCACAACAACCACUGCCACUACCACCACCACAGCCACGAUGACCACCACUGAAGGACCAUGCUGCUUCUGGUCUGAUUGGAUCAACAAUAACCAUCCUAGUAUUGGCAGUGAUGAUGGUGACAGAGAGACCUUUGACAGCAUCUGCAGUGCUCCUGUGGACAUUGAGUGCAGGUCAGCCACAGAACCCAAUCUCAGCUGGGAGGAGCUGGACCAGAAGGUACAGUGUAAUGUCUCAGCUGGGCUUGUUUGCAAUAACUCAGACCAGUAUCAGCAUGGAAAUGGAGUAUUUGAACGUUGUUAUGACUAUGAGAUACGAGUCAACUGUUGCUUCCCAAUGGAAUACUGUACUACUCCAACCAUCUUACCUACAACUUCACCAACGACCUCACCAACCACUUCACCAACAACUCCACCUACCUCUUCACCAACCACCUUACCUACAAGUUCCCCACUGACUUCAUCUACAACUUCAACAACUCCACCUACCUCUUCACCACCAACUCCACCUACCUCUUCACCAACCACCUUACCUACAAGUUCCCCACUGACUUCAUCUACAACUUCAACAACUCCACCUACCUCUUCACCACCAACUCCACCUACCUCUUCACCAACCACCUUACCUACAAGUUCCCCACUGACUUCAUCUACAACUUCACCAACAACAUCACCUACCACUUUGACAGUUUCACCAUCUAGCUCAGUUUCCAUAUCACCAACAAGCUUGCCUACCACUACAUUAACAAUUUCACCAACCACUUCACUGACCACUACAUCAACCACCUCAUCGACCAUUACUCCAAGCAUUUCAUUUACCACUUCACAAACAUCUUCAUCAACCACAUCUCCUAACAGUUCACAAACCACCUCUGCUACAACUUCCCCAAUUACUUCAUCGGCAUCCUCAACUGCCACAUCACCAAGUACCUCAACUACCAUAACAACAACUGUGUCUACCCUAUCCACCACCACAUUACCACCAACUACAUGCACUAAAUGCAAGUGGACUGGAUGGCAAGAUUCUGGCAAGCCCAACUUUGGUCCAGGAGGUGGAGAUUUUGAAAUGAUUGGAGAUGCCUGUGACCCAGGCUGGGUAGUGGAUAACAUCUCAUGUAGAGCAGCAAUGUUUGAAAACACACCACUUGAUCAGCUAGGACAGAAAGUCACUUGUGACAAAAAUGUUGGGCUGGUAUGCAGAAAUGAAGAACAGGAAAUAGGAGGAAAGAACCCAAUGCCCAUAUGUCUCAACUAUGAGAUCAAUGUUUAUUGUUGUAAUCCAAAAUGCUAUCCAAUUACGACGACUACACAAACUUCAACAACCACAAAGACAACUAGUCCAACACCUACUACAGUAACUCCAACCCCAGAGCCCUCAACCACACCAUCUACCACCACACAGACAACUAGUCCAACAACUACCACUACAGUGACUCCAACACCAGUACCUUCAACCCCACCAUCUACCACCACACAGUCAACUGUUCCAACACCUUCUACUACAGUAACUCCGACCCCAGUGCCUCCCACCACACCAUCUACCACCACACAGACAACUAGGCCAACACCUUCUACUACAGUGACUCCGACCCCAGUGCGUACAACCACACCAUCUACCACCACACAGUCAACUGUUCCAAUACCUUCUACUACAGUAACUCCGACCCCAGUGCCUCCAACCACACCAUCUACCACCACACAGUCAACUAGUCCAACACCUUCCACUACAGUGACUGCAACCCCAGUGCCUUCAACCACACCAUCUACCACCACACAGUCAACUAGUCCAACACCUACCACUACAGUGACUGCAACACCAGAGACCUCAACCACACCAUCUACCACCACACAGACAACUAGUCCAACACCUAAUAAUACAGUGACUACAACCCCAGAGCCUUCCACCACACCAUCUACCACCACACAGUCACCUAGUCCAACACCUACCACUACAGUGACUGCAACCCCAGUGUCUUCAACCACACCAUCUACCACCACACAGACAACUAGCCCAACACCUACCACUACAGUGACUCCAACCCCAGAGCCUUCAACCCCACCAUCUACCACCACACAGACAACUAGCCAAACACCUACCACUACAGUGACUCCAACCCCAGAGCCUUCAACCCCACCAUCUACCACCACACAGUCAACUAGUCCAACACCUACCACUACAGUGACUACAACCCCAGAGCCUUCAACCCCACCAUCUACCACCACACAGACAACUAGUCCAACACCUACCACUACAGCGACUGCAACCCCAGAGACCUCAACCACACCAUCUACCACCACACGGACAACUAGUCCAACACCUACCACUACAGUGACUCCAACACCAGAGCCUUCAACCCCACCAUCUACCACCACACAGACAACUAGUCCAACACCUACCACUACAGUGACUCCAACCCCAGAGACCUCAACCACACCAUCUACCACCACACAGACAACUAGUCCAACACCUACCACUACAGUGACUACAACCCCAGAGCCUUCAACCCCACCAUCUACCACCACACAGUCAACUAGCCCAACAGCUACCACUACAGUGACUACAACCCCAGAGCCUUCAACCCCACCAUCUACCACCACACAGUCAACUAGUCCAACACCUACCACUACAGUGACUCCAACACCAGAGCCUUCAACCUCACCAUUUACCACCACACAGUCAACUAGUCCAACACCUACCACUACAGUGACUCCAACCCCAGAGCCUUCAACCUCACCAUCUACCACCACACAGUCAACUAGUCCAACACCUACCACUACAGUGACUCCAACCCCAGAGCCUUCAACCCCACCAUCUACCACCACACAGUCAACUAGUCCAACACCUACCACUACAGUGACUCCAACACCAGAGCCUUCAACCUCACCAUCUACCACCACACAGUCAACUAGUCCAACACCUACCACUACAGUGACUACAACCCCAGUGCCUUCAACCACAACAUCUACCACUACACAGACAACUCGUCCAACACCUACCACUACAGUGACUCCAACCCCAGAGCCUUCAACCUCACCAUCUACCACCACACAGUCAACUAGUCCAACACCUACCACUACAGUGACUCCAACCCCAGUACCUUCAACCACACCAUCUACCACCACACAGACAACUAGUCCAACACCUACCACUACAGUCACUCCAACACCAGAGCCCUCAACCCCACCAUCUACCACCACACAGUCAACUAGUCCAACACCUACCACUACAGUCACUCCAACACCAGAAUCCUCAACCCCACCAUCUACCACCACACAGACAACUAGUCCAACACCUACCACUACAGUGACUCCAACCCCAGAGACCUCAACUACACCAUCUACCACCACACAGUCAACUAGUCCAACACCUACCACUACAGUGACUACAACCCCAGUGCCUUCAACCCCAUCAUCUACCACCACACAGUCAACUAGUCCAACACCUACCACUACAGUGACUACAACCCCCGUGCCUUCAACCCCACCAUCGACCACUACACAGACAACUAGUCCAACACCUACCACUACAGUGACUGCAACCCCAGAGCCUUCAACCCCACCAUCUACCACUACACAGACAACUAGUCCGACACCUACCACUACAGUGACUACAACCCCAGAGCCUUCAACCUCACCAUCUACCACCACACAGUCAACUAGUCCAACACCUACCACUACAGUGACUACAACCCCAGUGCCUUCAACCCCACCAUCUACCACUACACAGACAACUAGUCCAACACCUACCACUACAGUGACCUCAACUCCAGAGCCUUCAACCCCACCAUCUACCACCACACAGUCAACUAGUCCAACACCUACCACUACAGUGACUACAACCCCAGUGCCUUCAACCCCACCAUCUACCACUACACAGACAACUAGUCCAACACCUACCACUACAGUGACCCCAACUCCAGAGCCUUCAACCCCACCAUCUACCACCACACAGUCAACUAGUCCAACACCUACCACUACAGUGACUACAACCCCAGUGCCUUCAACCCCACCAUCUACCACUACACAGACAACUAGUCCAACACCUACCACUACAGUGACCCCAACUCCAGAGCCUUCAACCCCACCAUCUACCACCACACAGUCAACUAGUCCAACACCUACCACUACAGUGACUCCAACCCCAGAGCCUUCAACCCCACCAUCUACCACUACACAGACAACUAGUCCAACACCUACCACUACAGUGACUACAACCCCAGUGCCUUCAACCCCACCAUCUACCACCACACAGUCAACUAGUCCAACACCUACCACUACAGUGACUACAACCCCAGUGCCUUCAACCCCACCAUCUACCACCACACAGACAACUGGUCCAACACCUACCACUACAGUGACUACAACCCCAGUGACUUCAACCCCACCAUCUACCACCACACAGACAACCAGUCGAACACCUACCACUAUAGUGACUCCAAAACCAGAGACCUCAACCACACCAUCUACCACCAUACAGACAACUAGUCCAACACCUACCACUACAGUGACUCCAACCCCAGAGCCUUCAACCCCACCAUCUACCACCACACAGACAACUAGUCCAACACCUACCACUACAGUGACUCCAAAACCAGAGACCUCAACCCCACCAUCUACCACUACACAGACAACUAGUCCAACACCUACCACUACAGUGACUCUAACCCCAGUGCCUUCAACCCCACCAUCUACCACCACACAGACAACUAGUCCAACACCUACCACUACAGUGACCCCAACACCAGAGCCUUCAACCCCACCAUCUACCACCACACAGUCAACUAGUCCAACACCUACCUCUACAGUGACUACAACCCCAGUGCCUUCAACCCCACCAUCUACCACCACACAGUCAACUAGUCCAACACCUACCACUACAGUGACUCCAACCCCAGAGCCUUCAACCCCACCAUCUACCACCACACAGACAACUAGUCCAACACCUACCACUACAGUGACUGCAACUCCAGAGCCUUCAACCCCACCAUCUACCACCACACAGUCAACUAGUCCAACACCUACCUCUACAGUGACUACAACCCCAGUGCCUUCAACCCCACCAUCUACCACCACACAGUCAACUAGUCCGACACCUACCACUACAGUGACUCCAACCCCAGAGCCUUCAACCUCACCAUCUACCACCACACAGUCAACUAGUCCAACACCUACCACUACAGUGACUACAACACCAGUGCCUUCAACCCCACCAUCUACCACCACACAGACAACUAGUCCAACACCUACCACUACAGUGACUCCAACCCCAGAGCCUUCAACCCCACCAUCUACCACCACACAGACAACUAGUCCAACACCUACCACUACAGUGACUACAACCCCAGAGCCUUCAACCCCACCAUCUACCACUACACAGACAACUAGUCCAACACCUACCACUACAGUGACUCCAACCCCAGAGCCUUCAACCCCACCAUCUACCACCACACAGACAACUAGUCCAACACCUACCACUACAGUGACUGCAACCCCAGUGCCUUCAACCCCACCAUCUACUACUACACAGACAACUAGUCCAACACCUACCACUACAGUGACUACAACCCCAGUGCCUUCAACCCCACCAUCUACCACUACACAGACAACUAGUCCAAUACCUACCACUACAGUGACCCCAACUCCAGAGCCUUCAACCUCACCAUCUACCACCACACAGUCAACUAGUCCAACACCUACCACUACAGUGACUACAACCCCAGUGCCUUCAACCCCACCAUCUACCACUACACAGACAACUAGUCCAACACCUACCACUACAGUGACCCCAACUCCAGAGCCUUCAACCCCACCAUCUACCACCACACAGUCAACUAGUCCAACACCUACCACUACAGUGACUCCAACCCCAGAGACCUCAACCACACCAUCUACCACUACACAGACAACUAGUCCAACACCUACCACUACAGUGACUACAACCCCAGUGCCUUCAACCCCACCAUCUACCACCACACAGUCAACUAGUCCAACACCUACCACUACAGUGACUACAACCCCAGUGCCUUCAACCCCACCAUCUACCACCACACAGUCAACUAGUCCAACACCUACCACUACAGUGACUCCAACCCCAGAGCCUUCAACCUCACCAUCUACCACCACACAGUCAACUAGUCCGACACCUACCACUACAGUGACUACAACCCCAGAGCCUUCAACCCCACCAUCUACCACCACACAGUCAACUAGUCCAACACCUACCACUACAGUGACUACAACCCCAGUGCCUUCAACCCCACCAUCUACCACUACACAGACAACUAGUCCAACACCUACCACUACAGUGACUCCAACCCCAGAGCCUUCAACCUCACCAUCUACCACCACACAGUCAACUAGUCCAACACCUACCACUACAGUGACUACAACCCCACAGCCUUCAACCCCACCAUCUACCACCACAGAGACAACUAGUCAAACACCUACCACUACAGUGACUACAACCCCAGUGCCUUCAACCCCACCAUCUACCACCACACAGACAACUGUUCCAACCUCCUCUACUACAGUGACUCCAAAACCACCUACCACCACAGAGACCUCGACCUCAACAUCUACUACCACAGGGACCAUAACAACCACACCCUACACAGGCACCCCCACUCCAACAUCUACGACCACACCGACAACCAGUCCAAUCCCCACUGGUACAGUGCCCCCCUCUGCCACACCUACUGUCACGGAGAUACCUACUCCAAGCUCUAGUAUCACAACCAUCUCACCCUCAUCCUCUACUAUUACUGCUACCACCAUCACACAUCACCCCACCACAACACCCACUGCCACAAUCACAGAGACUCAGAGCCCAUCUUCCACUACUUCCGGGACACCAUUCCCAAUCUCUACCUCUACUGAAAGCACAACCUCAUCAUCUCCUACUAGCCAAACCUCAUCCCCCAAACCCACCACCACAACCAAAGAGACAUCUACCCCUACAUACACAGUCCCUACUACAGUUUCAACUUCUUCCAAACCUCCAACCAAGCCCUCCUCGCCUGUGACCUCUGUGUCUACUUUCCCUCCCACGGAGCCCAUCAUCUUUUCAAGUACCCCUGUAACUACAAUAGCAACGUCUAGCACAGCAUCAUCACCUGGAACAAUAUCAUCAGUGGGCACUACAUCCUCUUCUCCAGGAUCAACACCAGGACCUACCACAACUUCUGGCACACCAGGGCCAACUUUGUCCACCGUAAGACCACCCUCCACGCCCACCCCUACAUCUCCCAUUGUGCCAGUGUCUACCACAGAACCUGUUACCCAGACAAGUCUCUCGUCAACCACACCAACUACUUGGAAGACCACCAGGACCUCAUCUUGGGGGACAGUCUCCUCAGUUUCCCCAAUCACUUCUCCCAGCACCCACCUCAGUUGCUGCAUUUUGGAUGGCAUUUACUAUAACCCAGGUGAACUGAUUUACAACAAAACCUUGGGGGACACCUGCUAUUAUGUGAACUGCUCUGUGGACUGCCAAGUCCAGUUCUUCAAUUGGUCCUGCCCAUCUACUCCCUCACCUUCUACACCUUCAACACCAACGUCCUCCCUGACGACCACACCCUCCACACCAUCUACCACAUCUCCAAAGUCUACACCCUCUACACCAUCUACCACAUCACCAUCAACACACAGUACAACAGUCACAAACUCCAGCCGUGGUUGCCUCGACUUUGAUCCUCCAAGACAGGUGAAUGAGACCUGGUGGCUAUGUAACUGUACCAUGGCCAUUUGCAACCAUGACAACGUAGUGGAGAUUGUAGAGCUGGAAUGCAAUCCCCCACCCAUGCCCACCUGUUCCAAUGGCCUCAAGCCCGUGCGUGUCGUUGACCCUAAUGGCUGCUGCUGGCACUGGGAGUGUGACUGCUACUGCACUGGCUGGGGGGACCCGCACUAUGUCACCUUUGAUGGACUCUACUACAGUUACCAGGGUAACUGCACCUACGUGCUGAUGGAGGAGAUUAUCCCCACAGUGGACAACUUUGGGGUCUACAUUGACAACUACCAUUGUGAUGUCAAUGACAAGGUGUCCUGCCCCCGCACGCUUAUUGUGCGCCAUGAGACCCAGGAAGUGCAGAUCAAGACCACACAGUUGAUGCCCAUUGAGGUGCAGGUGCAGGUGAACAAGCAGGUGGUGGCCCUGCCCUACAAGAAGUAUGGGGUGCAGGUAUACGAAUCUGGCAUCAACUUUGUGGUGGACAUCCACAGGCUGGGUGCCCAGAUCUCCUACAAUGGCCUGUAUUUCUCCAUCCGGCUACCCUACCGCAUAUUUGGCAACAACACAAAGGGCCAGUGUGGCACCUGUAACAACAAUACUGCAGAUGACUGCAUCCUACCUAGUGGGGAGAUCAUCUCCGACUGUGAAGUUUCUGCUGACCAGUGGUUGGUGAAUGACCCCUCCAAGCCACACUGUCCCCACAGUGGCUUCACCACCAAACGCCCAGCCACCACAACACCAGGGCUGGUGCCUAAGAACUGCACUGUGUCUCCCAUCUGCCAGCUCAUCAUGGACAGCCUGUUCUCCCAGUGUCACCCCUUCGUGCCUCCCAAGCACUACUAUGAAGCCUGCCUAUUUGAUAGCUGCUUUGUGCCUGGCUCUGGUAUGGAGUGUGCCAGUGUACAGGCCUACGCAGCCCUCUGUGCCAAGGAGGGUACCUGCAUUGACUGGAGGAAACAUACCCAGGGCGCCUGCUCUGUGGAGUGUCCGUCUCACAGGGAGUACCAGGCCUGUGGCCCUGCAGAAGAACCCACCUGCCAGUCCAGCUCCUCUGGGAAUUCCACACUCUUGGUGGAAGGCUGCUUCUGUCCUGAAGGCACCACAAAGUUUGCCCCUGGCUAUGAUGUCUGUGUGAAGACUUGUGGCUGUGUGGGACCAGACAAUGUGCCCAGAGAGUUUGGAGAGCGCUUUGAGUUUGACUGCAAAGAUUGUGUUUGCCUAGAGGGUGGAAGUGGCAUUAUCUGCCAGACAAAGAAAUGUGCUGGGGAAACCCAGACCACAUGUGAGGAGGAUGGCACCUACCUUGUCGAGGAAGUCAACCCAGAUGACAAGUGCUGCAACAUCACCUCAUGCAAAUGUGACACCAAACGAUGCAAAGCAGAACGCCCCUCAUGCUUGCUGGGAUUCGAAGUGAAGAGCCAGAUUGUGCCUGGAAAAUGCUGUCCAGUUUACUCCUGUGAACCCAAGGGUGUGUGUGUGCACCAGAACGCUGAAUACCAGCCUGGAUCUCCAGUGCAUUCCACCAAGUGCCAGGACUGUGUAUGCACUGAUGCCAAGAACGACACCACCCAGCUCAAUGUCAUCUCCUGUACCCAUGUGCCCUGCAAUGUCUCCUGCAGCUCUGGCUUUGAACUUGUGGAGGCCCCCGGGGAGUGCUGCAAGAAGUGCCAGCAGACCCACUGCAUCAUCGAGAGGCCCAACGAGCAGCAGCUCAUCCUGAAGCCUGGGGACGUGCAGACAAACCCCAACGACAAGUGUACCUUCUUCAGCUGCGUGAAAAUCAGCAACCAGCUCAUCUCCUCUGUCUCCAACAUCACCUGCCCCGACUUCAACCCCAGUGAUUGUGUUCCGGGCUCCAUCACAUACAUGGCAAAUGGCUGCUGUAAGACAUGCAUCCCUAAUACGAACACUAGCUUCCCCUGCUCGGCCACCACUGUCCUGAAGGAGAUUUCCUACAAUGGCUGUACCAAGAACGUCUCCAUGAACUACUGUUCCGGCUCCUGCGGGACUUUCGCCAUGUACUCUGCCCAGGUCCAGGAUCUGGAUCACAAGUGUUCUUGCUGCAAGGAGGAGAGGACCAGUGAACGCCAGGUGACCCUGGAAUGUCCAGAUGGCAGUGAGCUGAGCCACACCUACACACACAUUGAGAGCUGCCUGUGCCAGGACACUGUCUGUGGGCUCCCACAGGCGCAGCAAGUCCGCGUCAGGCGUUCCAGUGCCCGGCUUCUGGGAAGGAAGUGAAUGGGUUCUACUGUGCCCACCCCUUCCCAUCUCGCACCGUCCUGCUGACUCUCUGCACUUCCUCCACCUCUAACUUGGCUUCUUCUCUGCAGAUAUUUAUUUUCAGAGUUUCUGUUCCAUCCCUUGCUUUCUGAUAAUAAACCCAGGCAUAGCCA